AACACAGAUUUUUAAAAUCUGGAGCGCAUUUCCUGGAAUUAUGAAAUCUCAGAAGAGGAAGUGGUCCUCGGGAGGAGAGUCGUGGGUUUUUUGAGUUUUCUCAGGUGGACUAUUCCAGUCGAGGGUGGGGGGAGGUGUUGUUUUGAUUCCUCAAGCAAGUCCUUUUCCUCUGAGCCCAAGCGGGCCCCACUCGCCGGCUCGGGAGACGUCCAGGCCAGAGAGCGCUCACUUCUUCAGCCGGCCAGGCUGGACCACACCCGGGCGGUGGCAGUGCAGGCGCCGGGCUCGGGCCCACCGCGACGCCCUGGGAGCCGCACGGCCGCCGGUCCCCGACCCCGCGAGCUUGCACCGAGCCCUCGUCGAGCGUGUGGCGCUUUUGUUUCAUUCAGCAAAUAACCGCUGCGCAACCAUCUUCUUCCUCGCCAAUCCGAAACCCUUUCGGGCGGCGCGAUGUUGGGCACCGUGGUCUGGGUGCUCGUGGCCGGCUUCCUGCUGGCGCUGGCGCCGGGCGCGGGCGCGCUGAGGGCGGGAAGACGCCCGGCGCUGCAGCGGCCGCGGGGCUGCGCCGACCGGCCCGAGGAGCUCCUGGAGCAGCUGUACGGCAGGCUGGCGGCCGGCGUGCUCAGCGCCUUCCACCACACGCUGCAGCUGGGGCCCCGCGAGCAGGCGCGCAACGCCAGCUGCCCGGCAGGGGGCAGGCCCGCAGACCGCCGCUUCCGGCCGCCCACCAACCUGCGCAGCGUGUCGCCCUGGGCCUACAGGAUCUCCUACGACCCCGCGCGGUUCCCGAGGUACCUGCCCGAGGCCUACUGCCUGUGCCGCGGCUGCCUGACCGGGCUCUUCGGCGAGGAGGACCUCCGCUUCCGCAGCGCGCCCGUCUACUCGCCCGCCGUGGUCCUGCGCCGCACGGCGGCCUGCGUGGGCGGACGCUCGGUGUACGCGGAGCACUACGUCACCAUCCCCGUGGGCUGCACGUGCGUCCCCGAACCCGACGCGGACGCGGCCGGCGCCAAGCUCCUGCUCGCCCCGGGCGGCGGGCCCGCCCAGCACUGAGGAAGGCCGGCGGCAGGGCGGGGUGCGGAGGCUCAUCCCGCUGUGGCUGCGGGGCGCCAGCCUCGGGAGGAAGAGUUGCGGAAACUUAUAUAUAUAUAUAUAUUUUUUUUUAGUAGAGACUGCAUACCUUAGUAUUUUGAGUAGGGGCCGACAUUAUUUUGAUGUUAGUAAUCUGGAGCAAGUAUAGUUUGAAAACCGCCUUGACACAGCGAUUUAUAAACGUUCUUCUACCUCCGGUAGUAAGAAUUUUAGGAGCAUGGUUGGGGUGCUUAGAUGAAUUUUUUACCUGGCACCGUCAUAGAAGCCCAAACUUGCUCUUACUCAUUGGUGUAUAGUCUCAGUUCUGGGCAGAGGUGGAAUGUGACAUCUUUGCCGGCUCUUGGAAAAGACCCAAGCACAUUUUGCGUUAGUUGUAAGAACUGAAGACCAGGCCAAAUACAAGGAGAAAGUGGGCCAAACCGGGUCUCCAAAGAGCAAUACUGAGUGAGGCCUUUCUUCCUAUUACAAAUGUGAGCUAAAUCUUUACUCUCUCCUUUAGGUUGUCUGUUCCUAAAAACAAUUAUUUGUUAAUUAAGUGUUUUUAAAAUGAUUAAAAUAAUGUUAGAUGAAG